AUGGCGCCCGCGGCCACCAACACCGAGUGGUCGGUCGAUUUCGACACUCUGAGGCGAGAGAACCUCUACAAGAACCCCCCCAAGGACCACACCGCAUUCCCUUCCCUUGCCGAGUCCAUUCGCCCGCAUAUCGACUCGUUCAAUGCUCUCUUCGGCGACAGCAAGGUCCUGGAGCAAGGAAUGAAGGAUGUUGGCAUUAAGACCUUCCUGGAUGGAGAAGCUGAGACACCAGAGCAGAAGAAGGCUCGCCAAGCAGAGGGCCUGCGAGCCCCCAAGCGCAACCGCCUCAAUGUUCGCGUCAAGGAAGUCUUCCUCGAAAAACCCGCUCUGCCCGCCACCAACAAGUACAGCCUCAAGAACCGCAAUAUCUAUCCCGCCGAGUGCCGUGAGCGUCAUGCGACCUACCGUGGUAAGCUCCGCGCACGUCUCGAGUACCAGGUCAACAAUGGAGACUGGAUGGAGUCUCUCCGCGAGCUCGGUCAGGUCCCCAUCAUGAUGCGCACCAACCGGUGUCAUCUGGAAAAUGCCACUCCGGAGCAGCUGGUCGUACGCAAGGAAGAGUCGGAGGAGCUGGGUGGUUACUUCAUCGUGAACGGUAACGAGAAGCUCAUCCGAAUGCUGAUCGUUGGCAAGCGAAACUACCCCAUGUCAAUUAUCCGUGGUUCGUUUGUGAAGCGUGGUCAAAGCUACACCAAGUUCGGUGUGCAAAUACGAUCCGUCCGCCCCGAUCAGACUUCGCAGACUAACGUGCUGCACUACCUCUCCGAUGGAAACGUUACCUUCCGUUUCUCGUGGCGCAAGAACGAAUUCCUCGUCCCCGUGAUGAUGAUCCUCAAGGCACUGGUUGAGACCAACGACCGCGAAAUCUUCGAGGGCAUCGUCGGCAAAGCCUCCUCCAAGGGCAUGAAGAACACCUUCGUCACAGACCGCGUAGAGCUGCUCCUGCGAACUUACCAGGCCUACGGAAAGCACAGCCAAUCCGACUGCCGAGCUCACCUUGGUAAGUGCUUCCGUCCGGUUCUUGGCGUCAGUGCCGACAUGCCCGACGAGCAGGUUGGAGCCGAAUUCCUGCGCAAGAUUGUUCUCCCCCAUCUGGGCAACUACAACGUCACCGAGACCCAGGACUACGAUAAGUUCAAGAUGAUCAUCUUCAUGAUCCGCAAGCUCUACGCCCUGGUCUCCGGUGACUGUGCUCCGGAUAACCCUGAUGCUGUCUGCAACCAAGAAGUGCUGCUUGGUGGCUUCUUGUACGGCAUGAUCCUCAAAGAGCGUAUCGAAGAGUGGCUUCGUUCCUUCGGCCCAAUCCUCCGUGAUUGGAGAAUGAAGAACGACUCGGCCAAAUUCACGGACCCGUCGUUUGAACGGGACUUCGUCGGUAAGAUCGUGAGGCGAUCUAACGAGAAUAUUGGCCAAGCCCUCGAAUACUUCCUCUCGACUGGCAACCUGGUUAGUCCUACGGGUCUUGACCUGCAACAAACUUCCGGUUACACCGUCAUUGCUGAGAAGAUCAACUUCUAUCGAUUCAUCAGUCACUUCCGCAUGAUUCACCGUGGUAGUUUCUUCGCCGAACUGAAGACCACCACAGUCCGCAAGCUGCUGCCCGAGAGUUGGGGUUUUCUGUGCCCUGUCCACACUCCUGAUGGUUCUCCUUGCGGUCUGCUGAACCAUUUGGCGCACAAGUGUCUGAUUGCCACAGACAACUUGGAGGUUUCGCAUCUUCCAAAGGUCCUUACUGAGCUUGGUGUUCGAUCCGAGUCCUCCGUGGCUUUGGAUGACAGCGUGGUCGUUCAACUGGAUGGCCGCAUCAUUGGUUUCUGCUCCCCUGCGCAGGCUCACAAGAUCCACGACACGCUCCGCUACUGGAAGGUUGCUGGCAAGAACGAUAUUCCUCUUGGAUUGGAGAUCGGAUACGUUCCCAACUCAUCCGGUGGACAGUACCCCGGUAUCUACAUGUUCUCUCAAUCCGCCCGAAUGUACCGUCCCGUGAAGUACCUUGCCCUCGACAAGCUGGACUACGUCGGCCCCUUCGAGCAACCCUUCAUGGACAUUGCUUGUGUCGAGUCCGACCUGAUUCCCGGCCUGUCCACUCACAUCGAGUUCACCCCGACCAACAUCCUUUCCAUUGUGGCCAACAUGACCCCCUUCUCUGACUACAACCAAUCGCCCCGUAACAUGUACCAGUGCCAGAUGAGCAAGCAGACAAUGGGUACCCCCGGUACAUCCAUCAACUACCGUACCGAUAACAAGCUUUACCGCAUUCAAACCGGUCAGACACCAAUUGUCCGUCCCCCGCUGUACAACGCUUACGGUCUGGACAACUUCCCUAACGGCAUGAACGCUAUUGUGGCUAUUAUCUCAUACACCGGUUACGACAUGGAUGACGCUAUGAUCAUCAACAAGUCCGCCCACGAACGCGGCUUCGGUCACGGAACCAUCUAUAAAACCAAGAUUCAUACCCUCGCCGAGCGCGACAGCCGUCGCAACAAGUCCAAGCGAGAGGUUACCAAGCUGUUCGGUUUCGCACCGGGUGACGAAAUCCGCAGCGAGAUCAAGAACACCAUCGACUCGGACGGUCUGCCGCACGUUGGUAUCCGUGUGAAGGAGGGCGACAAGAUCGCCGCCUAUUACAACGUCCGCUACGACGGUGCUUCUGACAGUUACAUCAACGUCGACGGCAUCACCCACUUCCUGAAGUACAAGGAUUCCGAAGUCGGCUACAUCGAGAGUAUGCGCCUGAUGGGUGCGGAUACUGGUAAUGAGCCCCUCCAGUCUAUCAGCGUCAAGUACCGUAUCCCCCGUAAGCCUAUUAUCGGUGACAAGUUCUCCUCUCGUCACGGACAGAAGGGUGUUUGCUCGCAGCUGUGGCCGGCAGUCGACAUGCCUUUCUCGGAGAGCGGCAUGCAGCCCGAUCUCAUCAUUAACCCCCACGCUUUCCCAUCUCGUAUGACAAUCGCCCAAAUGAUCGAGUCCAUGGCCGGAAAGGCCGGCGCUCUCCACGGCCACCCGCAAGACUCAACCCCCUUCAAAUUCUCCGAAGAAAACACCGCCACCGACUACUUCGGUCACCAGCUCAUGAAGGCUGGAUACAACUACUACGGCAAUGAGCCGCUCUACUCCGGCAUCACGGGCCGCGAAUUCGCUGCCGACAUCUUUAUGGGCGUCGUCCACUACCAACGUCUGCGUCACAUGGUGAACGAUAAGUUCCAAGUGCGUACGACCGGUCCCGUGAACGCCCUGACCGGCCAACCCGUCAAGGGUCGUGCAAAGGGUGGUGGUAUCCGUGUUGGUGAGAUGGAGCGCGAUUCGCUCAUCGCUCACGGUGCGGCAUUCCUCCUCCAGGACCGUCUGAUGAACUGCUCCGAUUCUCAGUCCGCCUGGAUCUGUCGUGGCUGCGGCUCCUUCCUCUCGACCCAGGUUGCGGUUGCAGGAUCUGGCGCUUCUCGCCGUGCGGCUGUUAACCCUGGUGCCAUCGCGGCAGCCGCUAAGGCUGCCCCUAACCAGCAGGCCCCUGAUGCCGGUGCGGGUGGUGCCCUUGGUGGUUCGACUAGUAUUGUUCGUUGCCGUAGGUGCGCGCGCCAGGCUGACUUUAAUGAUUCCCGUGCUGAGGCUUGGGAGGAUGGUGAUGGAUUGCGGUAUGUUGGUGGUGAUGAUGUUACUGUCGUUGCGGUCCCUGGUGUGCUGCGCUACUUGGAUGUUGAGCUUGCGGCUAUGGGUAUUCGUAUGAAGUUCUGGGUUGAUAACUAG